CCUCAAAAGAAAGAGCCAUGGCUUCCGUUCUCGCUGCAUGCUCGCUUCCAUUCGCUUCUCCUUCGACGCAUUCGUCGUCAAUCCAUCUGGGUAUUCCUCGAUUGAGUCAUCGAUGGGAGAGAGCUCAAUCCGAUGAGGGUACAAGGGUUUGUGCUUGUGGUGAUGGGCGGUAUGGAGUUCAGAGAAGAGAAGCGUUGUUUUGGAUCGGUUUUCUCCGUGGUCUCUUCUCCUUUUGUGGCUGCAAAUGCUUUGGCUGAGAGUGAUUUGCAAGAGGAGUUAAAUACUUAUGAGGAUGAGACUAAUAAGUUCAAGAUAUCAGUCCCGCGAGGAUGGAUGAUUGGUACUGGUGAAACCAAUAGCAUCAAAUCAGUUACUGCAUUUUACCCAGAAGAAGCUUCAGAUUCUAAUAUCAGUGUUGUGAUCACAGGGAUUGGUCCGGACUUUACAAGAUUGGAAUCAUUUGGCAAAGUCGAUGAAUUCGCAGAAAAUCUGGUAAAUGGCUUGGACAGAAGCUGGCGAAGGCCGCCUGGGUUGGCUGCAAAACUAAUUGAGUCCAAAGCUUCAAAUGGACUGUAUUAUAUUGAGUACACAUUGCAAAAUCCCGGUGAAAGACGGAGACGUAUACUCUCAGCUGUUGGCAUGGCAUUCAAUGGUUGGUACAACAGACUUUAUACAGUUACAGGACAGUUUAUGGAUGAUGAUCAGAGAAAAUAUAGAUCACAAAUUGAGAAGGCUGUUAAAUCCUUCCGAUUGACAUGAAGACGACGACCGUGAAUUGGACAAGUCGGAAACUGAGUAAUUUGUGAUGAUAGUUUCUUCAUGUUGUAUAAACUUUUGCUUCCACAUUCAUUGUAGUACUCCACAUUGACAUACAGAUAAACAGUAAUUUUCUGAUGUAUUUGGAAUUUUUUUUCUCAGCUGAUAAUAGAAAUAGUGUGCAAUGACAAUGAAAACAUCAGCAGGAAACACUGAAUUGGUAAGAUUACAUGCACAAAUCCAACUUGGUCACCCAACUAUUUUUUCUAAGUAGUUACAGGACAAGCAAGAAAGCUUAGAGAACAGUAAAUAUUACACUCUUCAAAACAAAAAGUUCCAUAGCCCUAAUCUGCACUUGACCAAAAUGAAACAGGGUUGCUCUCUAAUUGUCCAUCUGAGAUAUAAAACUUCAAUAGCCUCCGCAUGGCCGACAGGCGAUAGUUUACCAUGACCUGAUCACCAAACCAAAA